CCAGUCCAUCCUGCCCCAUCAUUGUCUUUUGACGCUGCGAGCGUUUAUCGUUCGUCUGGGGGAGUGGGUGUGUAUCCUCGUCUUCCUGUUCGAGCUCCGGAUGCUUCCUGCUUACUUCUCUUAUGUGUAUUUUUUACCGACGCUGAUUUUUAUUCCUCUGCAGGAUGUGAUAUUUCAUUCAGGGCCGCUAACAGAGCAGCUAAAUGCUCCCCUCCUGUCCCCUGGAUAUGGGCCAGAUAAUAAUUUCUCAUCUUUAUGAUGUUUUCACGCUCUGCUGUGCCCUGCUUAAGUCAAGAAACCAGCGAUUGUUGCUGCUGAAGGCAAAAGGAGAAAAGAUACAAGAAUACAGGGAACGGGGAACGGGAGGAGCAUCUUUUACUUUUCACUUUCUCGGUCCCAUUCCCGUUUCCAGCUGCACAAUCGAAUUGGGAAUGCCCGGAAGCAGUGUGACCAUAAUUGCGAGCCCGACUAGACGAAGACAUUGUUUUCCGUGGAGUCGGAGGGAUGCGAUGACGAAGAUGCCGUCUUUGGUGGAGUGAAUGAUAUCCCUCGUCCGGUGGCUUCCUCCACCAAACUUGUUUGCUGCCCCAGCUCGUCAUGGUCCUUUUGUUCCGGAGAAGUAGUGGGUCAGCGGAGCUGGCUGGAUGUAAUAAUGAAAUUUAUGUCUGCAUAACGCUGAUUUAUGUACGCUAAUGAGCUUUUUAAUUAGUUAAUGCACGUGCGGGGUACGGCGGGUGGUAAUUAAAAAAAUUAAUUAUGAAAAACUAGCCCUGCCAAAUUAGCCAUUUUGCGCAUGCAGCCCUGGAUAAAAGUAAAUUCUUGACAUUUAGAUACCUUUGCUUUUUCAGUAUAGAAAGAAUUUAUCAAAGCUAGCUUUAUACGACUGAAAAUGUUAGAGGACCUUGCAAAAGACGAAGAGAAGAUGGAUGAAGACCACAGCAAUGCCAAUCAGAUCACCAAGGAUCGCCGAAGACAGGAGGCGCAUUAUUUCAAACUUUAUGGCCGCAUUGAGAUACACGAAUGGCUGUUGAAAGAUUCAGUCCGAAUUAAGGCCUACCGCGAGGCCAUUCAGCACAACGAGUUCUUCAGGCACAAGACCGUUCUGGAUGUGGGCUGCGGCAUGGGCGUCCUUUCGAUAUUCGCAGCCAAGGCGGGUUCCAAAAGAGUCCUGGCAGUAGAUGCGGCCACCAUUUCGAAAUAUGCCCAACAGGUAGCCCAGGAUAAUGAAUUCGGCAGAGUUAUAACGGUGAUCCAGGGAAAAGUGGAGGACAUUGAACUACCUAAUGGGAUUAAAAAGGUGGAUAUUAUAGUGUGCGACUGGAUGGGCUCCUCCCUGUUUUCUGGAAAUAUGCUCGAGUCGUUGUUAUUUGCGCGGGACAAGUGGCUGUCCGCCGCAGGCCACAUCUAUCCGGACACGGCGCAGCUUUAUCUGGCGGCCAUCAAGGGACGGGACCAGGAUCUUGGCUUCUGGCACGAUGUGCACGGCUUCGACCUGUCCGCCAUCCGGCUCAGAUGCGAGUCCAAGGCGGUGGUGGAGCACGUGACCGGUGACCAGCUGAUGAGCAGGGUGUGCCUGGUCAAAUCGCUGGAUCUGUACACCGAGCCACGCCAAUCCGCCAAGUUUCGUUCGCUAUUCGAGCUGAAGGUCACCCGAAAUGGAUGGGUACACGCCCUGGUGGCCUACUUCGAUGUCGGAUUCAGCAAGAGCACGCAAAGGAUCAGCAUCAGCACGUCGCCCUCUGCUCCGUGGACCCACUGGAACCAAACGGUCUUCUACCUGGAGACACCACUGCCUGUUAUGGCAGGUGAGUGCAUCAAGGGCGUGUUCGCCAUGAAACCCAGCGAGAACAGCAUCUUUGACACGGAAUUCGACAUCUUUUUGAACUUCGAUGGCCGGGAGAAGUCGGUCACCAUCCAUCAGUCCUUUGUGCUCACCGAUCCCCUCACACUUUGUUGAGCCUGCACCAAAAGUGGCACACGAAAUAUCAUAGGAUCACGAUAAAAUGAACGACCAGUAAAAUAAAGUAAAAGCCAGCCACAUUGUGUGCAAUAUUUAUAUAAUUUUAUUGUGUGUAGGCACACAUAAAAACAUCUCUAUGCAAGAAUUCAGUGGCAUACAUAUGCGAGGGAUUCAGGAAAGAGCUACGGACUCAAUAACUUUCCAACACCCUGAAUCUUGGAAGAAGGUGACUAAAAGUAAGCAACAAUAUACUUGUGUGCACAAGUACACUAAAAAA